AGAAGAACGCAUGCGCAGCUGUCGCUUGAAUCCGAUUGGUCCGUUUCAAACUCAGACCGCGGUUAUGUUGUUGUGUUAGCUCAACGUCAAUUAGCGUUAGCACACAGGAUAUUCUGUACUUUCAGGGUCUAAUGUCCCCAAAAUAACUACCAGUCGGCAGGUGCGUCUGCAGGUCGGCUUAAAGUUUCCAGCCGGACAGCUAACUAGCUUGUGAGCUAGCCUUUGCUAAGAGACGUUCGGUUAGAUGAUGGAAUCGGGCCUGAGCUACAAGGCUGACAGACGGGAACAGGUAGAGGAACAGGCUGACAGUUUGAAGAGAGGACUUUCAUCAGAUCUCAGCACUUCACCAGUCUCUCAGAUUUCCAGCACUGAGGAGAGAGAACACCUCCAGGUCUUCCUCCGCAUCCGACCCUUCACCUCAGCAGAGAGCGAUACUGGAGAGUCGCAGGGCUGUGUUACCCUUGAGCCUCCUGACACAGUUCUGCUGAAGCCUCCCAGUUUGUCUCUCUCAGCGAGGCUUAGCUCCGACAAAUCCCUUCCACAGACUGGACAGCGCUUUCAGUUCUCUCAGGUGUAUGGUCCUGAGACCACACAGAGAGAGCUCUUUCAAGGCACAGUUAAGGAUUUGGUGAAAGAUGUCCUUGAAGGGGGGAACUCUUUGGUUUUCACGUACGGAGUCACCAACGCUGGAAAGACCUUCACAUUCCUAGGUCCAGAUGCGGAUGCUGGUAUCCUGCCUCGGUCUCUUGAUGUUAUUUUCAGCAGUAUUGAUGAACAGAUUUUCACUGGGAUGAGCAUCAAACCUCACCGGUGCCAAGAGUUCACCAGGCUCUCCAGGGAGCAGCAAGCAGAGGAGGUGUUGUUCAAGAGAAACCUCUUCGGGCAACUGAAAGAGAGUGAGAAGAGCAGUGCCAGCCUGUUGAACUCCACCAAUAAGACGCUCCUCGAAGAUGCUUCCAUGCUCAGCACGACUGUUGCGGCAGAGGACAAAAUCAGCCUUGAGGUGGAAACGCACACCAAGUUCUCUGUUUGGGUUUCUUUCUGUGAAAUCUACAAUGAAAACAUUCAUGACCUCCUGGAGGUUUUACCCAGCGGGGCCUUGAGGAGGACUGCACUGCGCCUGUCACAGGAUGUCAAGGGCAACGGGUUUGUCAAAGAUCUGCGUUGGGUUCAGGUGAAUAGUGCAGAAGAGGCUUACAAGGUGAUGAAGCUGGGCAAGAGGAACCAGAGCUUCUCCUGCACCCGGCUCAACCAGCUCUCUAGCAGGAGCCACAGUAUUUUCUCCAUUCGCAUAUUGAGGAUUGAGGACAUUGCGACUCCAAGGGUCCACACAGUCAGCGAGUUGAGUCUGUGUGACCUGGCUGGCUCUGAGCGAUGCGCCAAGACCCUGAAUAAAGGAGAGCGUCUGAAAGAAGCUGGAAACAUAAACACCUCACUGCUCAUCCUAGGAAAAUGCAUCAACGCACUAAGACACAAUCAGCAAGCCAAGCUGCUUCAGCAUGUGCCCUUCAGGGAAAGCAAGCUGACCCACUACCUGCAGGGCUUUUUCUGCGGUCGAGGUAAAGCCUGUAUGAUCGUCAACAUCAACCAGUGUGCCUCCAUGUAUGACGAGACUCUCAACGUCCUCAAGUUCUCUGCUGUGGCACAAAAGGUUGUGGUUCUGUCCACCAGGAUUGUUCCCAUCAUGCCACAGAGGUCCACCAGUGAGGUAUCCUUUAUCAGUAGCAAUGCUGAGAGGAAGGCUCAUGGCAGCAGCAAGAGGAGCUCCCUGAUUGGCUGGGAUACCAGCCUAGAGGAUGUACAGGAGGAUGAUGAUGAUGAUGAGCACGAGGAAGAACACAGCCUGAUGGAGAGUACAAUGGAUCAGACUGACAACAAAGACGACGGCGAUGAAAAUGAUGAUCAAACACACCAGAGCCAGGCGGUGCUGUUGAAACAGCUGCAGAUACAGCUGAAGAAGGAGCGGGCGGAGAACCUGCUCUUGGAGGCACGAGUCAGAGAGGAAAUCAGCAGAGAGUUCUCAGAGCUCUUCUCUGAGAUGCAGAGUGACUACAAAGAACGCCUAGUGAGGGAGAGAGAAAUCCUGGAGGAGCGAGCAGAGAGGAGGCUGGAGAUCUUCAAGAACCUCAUAGAUAAAAUGGGUACUGCUGCACCCGGUCCAGAUGCACAGGCCAUGGACAAAUCUCUGGACUCCUACUCCUCUGAAUUGGCAGGCAUAAAGAUGGCCGCUGAGGCUGCUCAUAAAUGUCUGGGUUCAGGCCGAGCAGGAGCUCAGGGCGACCGCAGAGACGCUGUAGAGGAGCUGGAGAGGAAAGUGCUGGAACUGAAUGAGCACCAGCGGAAAGUCCAAGUGCAGAUUGCUCACAAACACAAUGGUGAAGCCAAUGAUGUCAACAAUGAGGAGAAAACAAGGCUUCUCUGUCAGCUCCAGCUGAAGUCAUCAGAGGUUGCCCAGCUGGAGAGAAAAGGUGGAGACCUGCAGAGUUCGGCAGGAAGAGGCUCAGAGGGCCGCUCGUUGCUGGUGGAGGAGGGGGGUUCAUGUAAGAGAGAGCAGCUGCAGGAGGCGCUGGCUGCCCUUGAGAAGGAGAAGAAAGGCCGAGAAGACGCCCUUGCAGCUUUGGAGUAUCAGACUAUGGGAAAAGAGGAGGCACUGGCAUCCUUGGAGGAGGAAAGGAAAGCAAGGGAGGAGUCCCUUGCCACAAUAGCAGAACUGAAGAGAAGCAAAGAGGAGGUGCUAGCAUCCCUCAGAGAAGAGAGAGAAGGCAAGGAGGAAGCCAUAGUGGCCCUUGAAGCUGAAAGGAGAACCAAGGAGGAAGCAGUUGCAGCUCUUGCAGAAGGGAAGCAAAGCAGAGAGAAUAUACUUGCAGCUCUCAGUGAGGAGCGUAGUGGCAAAGAGGCGGCUCAGGAGAUGAACACUAAGCAGAUCAGCAGGCUGGUUGAGGAGAGAGAAAAGAGUCAACAGGAGGGUGAUGCGCUCCGACAAGAAGUCAGAGAGCUGACUGCCAAACUAGAGGCCACAGAGCGCAAGGUGACCACUGAGAUGCAGAGAGCUGAACAAGCGUUGGUCCAACUCCAAACUGCUCAGGCACAACUGGACGAACUCUCCAAGGAGAUGCAGGAGAAAACUACCCAGAUCCACACCCUGACGCAUGAAGUUCAAAGCCUUACGCAGGAGGUGCAGCCUUCAGCAUUAUCAUGUGGUGGUGACAAUGAUCAGCUGAGAGAGGAAGUGUCAGAGCUGAGGAAGAAUCUGGAUGAGGAAAAGGAGACAAAUGAGAGCAAGCACAGACAAAUCAUGGAGCUGCAGCAUGAGCUAGCUCAGGCAAAAGAACAGCUGGCACACAAACAGCUGAUCUCUGACCAGCAGCUGGAACAGCUGAAUCAUCAAGAAGCAGCUUUGAAGCAGCAAGUUGAAGAGCUGAGAACAAAGCUCCAGGAGCAAGAAAAUAUAUCCCACCAGCGCCUGGAUGAGCUCAGAUCCAAGCUGGAAUGCCAAGAACGUGCUUCUAGAGAGGAAGUAGAACAGCUGAAAACAAAGUUCGAAGAACAAACACAGGACUCAAAAAAGCAGGUAGAGGAGCUCAAUGAGAAGCUGCAUGAGCAAGAAGCGAUAUCACAACAGCAAUUGGACGAGUUAAAACGCAACCUAAGUGAACAAAAAGUUACCUCUGGUAAACUUUUAGAUGAUCUUAAGCAAAAGCUCAGUGAGCAGGAGCGAACUGCAGAGCUGCUGAGGGCAGAAAUGGAAGAAGCUCGGUGUAAAGGUUCAAAUAGUUCCUCCAGCUCUGCUGCUGAAGAAGAAGAGUUCAAGAGGUUGAAUGCUGAUCUUCAGAAUGAAGUUGCAUCCCUGAGGGCAAAGGUUACAAACAUGGAACAAACAAAGGAGUCUCCAAGCAAAAUUGAAGCUCAGCUAGCUGCUGAAAAAGACGAGAAAAUGCUAAAUGAAAAGGACAGACAGGUGGAGGAGAAGCUAGCAGACAUGGAGAAAGCGUCAGCAGAGAGAGACGCAGAGCUAAAGAAAAAGCUGCUGGAAAAGGAGGCCCAGGUGACAUCUCUGCAGAAGAGCCUACAGGAGGCACAGGAGCGGAGGGAGGAGGAGGAAAGCCAAGCAGUCCAGGAGGCCCGGCGCAGGGAGGUGGAAAGACGCAGAGAGCUACUGGCUGUGGCGCAUGAAGCCAUCGCUCAGAAGGAUGCAGAGCUGGAGAAGAAAGCUGAGGAAAUUAGCAGACUGAAGGAGAAUGCCAAACAGGACGCAGAGAAAGCCAAGAGCCUCAGCCUCGACCUGCAGAGGAAAGAUGACGACACUUCAGACCUCAGAGAGAAACUAGCCGAUUACAAGAAGCAGAUCCAGCAGGUUCAGAAGGAGAUCUCGUCCAUGAGAGAAGAGGAAAAGGCUUUGAAGCAGAAGCUUUCUGACGUGGAGAAAGUGAAGAAGCAGCUUCAGUCUGACCUUGCCAACAGAGAUAGAACCAUCCAGCAGCUCAGAGUGGAGCAAUCAUCUGACGCAAAGUCUGACCAGACAUUCCAGCUCUACCAGAAGGCCUGUAAAGACCUUGAAGCCAAGGAGCGUGUGAUGGAGGACAUGCGUUUGGCUCUGACGGAGCAGGAGGAGACGCAGGACCAGAUGGAGCAGGUGUUGGAGGAGAAAGUUGACCUCAUUCAGGAGCUCUCCAGUGAGGUGGAUAAUUUGAAAGGGAUGUUGUUGCAGCAGAACCGUGCAAACAACACGCCCCUUCAAGUCGACAAUCCAUCCGAUGACCUUAAAGUGGCCAGACAGGAAGCUGCUCAAGCUCAGGACAGCUUGAAGCUGGUUGCAGAUAAACAUCAAGCAGAACGUAAAAAGUGGCUGGAGGAGAAGCUGUCCCUGAUUGGCAUAGCUAAAGAGGCGGAGGACAAGAGGAACCAGGAAAUGAGGAAGUUUGUCGAAGACAGAGAGCGCUACACUCGGCAGCAGAGUCAGCUGGAUUCCUUGUCAUCCCAGCUGGCUGAGAAGGAGCAGACCAUGGAGAAGUGGAGGAAGGAGAGAGACUCUCUGGUUUCAGCGUUGGAGGUCCAGUUGCAGAAACUUCUUUCAAGCCAAGCCGAGAAAGACAAACUUAUCCAGCAGCUACGCCAAAAUAACACACCGCCACCACAAGAGAGUGUUGAUGGUGGUGUGAGCGUGGCAGAGUUGCAGGCUUCUCUGUCUCAGAGAGAGACGGAGAUCCUGCGACUGAAGGACGAGCUCAAGGCAUCAAAAGCCAGACAGGAGGACGCACAGAGUAAAAGCAACCAGAGCCCUGCUACAGCGGUUGAGACACCCCAGAGUGAGACCGUUAACAGGAUGUCAGGAAGAGGGAGGCAAACCAGAGCGUCAGUCAGCAGUCAGGGCUCCGCUGGCUUUCCGUCAGUGCUCGACUCGUCUGAGAUUUCCACAGAGAACGGCAGGACAAGCCGCUUCCCCCGGCCGGAGCUGGAAAUCUCCUUCAGCCCGCUGCAGCCAAAUCGAAUGGCUCUGCGACGUCAAGGAGAGGAGAACGCUGUCACCGUCAAAAUCACCCGUUCAGCACGCAAGAGGAAGAGUGGAGAGAUGGAGAAGGAUGAGGUGGAGGCACAGAACAGACGGAACACGAAGACCAAACUGACGCCAAAGCUGACCCCACACCAAGAGGAGAUCUCCUCCUCAGCAGGCCGCCAGGACUCCCAGAGCAGCAUCCGCAGCAGAAAGGAAGGAACGCUGCAGAAGAUCGGAGAGUUCCUGCAGAGCUCGCCCACGCUGCUUGGCACUAAAGCCAAGAAGAUGAUGAGUCUGGUCGGCGGUCGGGGUGAUGCAGACUCAGCAGCCUCCUCUUCACCCCUCAGCCUGAGAGCCAAGAAGAACAAAAGGAAACUCUACAGGCCUGAAAUCUCCUCGCCCAUGGACAUGCCCUCACACCCAAUCAUCAGCAGAGAGCCAGAGGAGAAAGAGAGCGACCACCAGAUCAUUAAGAGGCGCCUUCGCUCCAGGAUGGCCAAAUAAUUAGCCUUCAGAUUGAACUGUAUAAUCCUUUUAUUUUAUUUUAUUUUUUGCUUACCCCGAGUUUAGAAAUGAAGGAAGCACUGAAUGUUUUUCUGUCCUGAUGGCUGAAGAGUUCUGAAGCAUGUCUUCUAGGUGAUCCUAUUUAAUUUGAAAUCCUCAAUAUGUAACUGUUCAAAUAGACAUUUAGAGUAAAGUCACUAAUUAAACAGUUAUUAACGUUGAAAAAGUGUCAGUUCAAGAAAUGGUUCAGCUUUUUGGAAAGUAUAGUUAUUUACUUUUGUGCAGGAGAGCCGCAUCGAGACGCUGAUCGAGUCUCUGUGACCUCACAUGUUCAGCGCGGUUUAUUUUGGAAGGUGACCAGGUGCUCUACGUCGGACUUCCUGUCUGGGCCUGAGUGUCAGAUGAGAAGAUGAAUACUCCUCGUGUCUGCACGCGUUCAUCACGCAGCUCUGAAGCUCGUCAGCGGAAAUCUGCCUCUAAAAAAAAGAAACCAUCCAUUCCAUUCAGGCUGCUUCCAGUCUAAAUGCAAAGACACAAGUGGUGUUGAUCUCAUCUUACUUUCCAAAAUGACAGCAAAUAAGUGCAUUUUCCCAAAAAUGUUGAGCUCAUAUAUAAUUUAAUCAACAGGUGUCGAUUCGUCACUCUAGUUUAAUCUCUGAGUGAAGCUACUUUGUAACUCCUGUAGCCGCAUAUAUAUAUUUUAAAUGGUAAGCACUCUAGAUUUGUAUAUCUUUACACUACACUUUAUAGAAAACAGAUGCAUAUUAUUUUUUUCUUACCUUCCUGUGCAAUUUUAGUUUUUUGUGAGAGAAACUUCUGGACCGUGUCGGAGUUUGUGUUUUUGUCCACUUUUAACGAGCGAGAUAACAAAUUGUUGUCAUUGUUCACGCGUCUGGUCGAGACGAGCAGAGGCGACACAAAACGAUUUACUUUCUGAGAGUUGGAUCAACAAAGCUGCUAAUCGAGCGUUGAACAAGUCUGACAUUGUUCUAAGCAACUUUCCGUGUGGAACCGUUCAGAGGAGUCAGAUAAACUCACUCCGCACUUUAUCUGUCUGCCGACAAGUUUAAAAAAAGAGCACAGUGUGACACUAAGGCUCCAUAAUGCAGGAGAACAUCAGUCUGAUGGUUCUGCCGCUGUUCCUUCAUGACUGCAUGAAGGUGUUUGUCUCUGCCUGCAGUUGAAGUUGAAGCCACUAUAUUGUGUUCAGAUGAAGGACUGCUGACUUUUUCUUUCCUUUUGUACAGAAACAUUUUCUAAAAGGUUGUCGUUUGAUUUUCCUCUUGUUUUAUUGUCUUAAAUUGUGCAAUUUUCUAUAUUUUCACCCUUUUGUGAAAAAAUACAUACUUACAUACAAUCA